AGUCAUUUAGUUAAAAGAAGAAAACAAUGCACAUGAAACAUCUUUAGACUAGUAUCUAUCCUAAUUGUACCUAAAUAUUUGUCUUAUUAUUAAAACUGUUACAAUACCACUGAAUACAGGAUGGAAACGCAAGAGGAAAUCAGCCAUGCUCAGACAUUUGGCGAGACCAACAUUAAUGUAUCGACAUCAAGCCACUUUUUCUUCAAAAAUCUUACAGAAGUUUCUACAUCCAAAUCAUUUCUUGUGGACAAUACAACAUCAUUAGAAGAGGACUAUGAGAAUCUGAAUAAGAAUUUGGAUGUUAUUUUUGGAGUUAUCUCUCUUGUGAUCACACCUCUGGUUAUUGGUGGCAAUGCUUUAGUUAUUAUCUCCCUCUUCAAAUUCCGCCGAUUACGGACCACUACGAACAUGUUCAUUGGAAGCCUUGCACUGUCUGACUUCUUACUCGGACUACUGACUCUACCAAUGUAUGCACUAUUUUAUCUAAACACUGGUAUGAACAAGUGGAAAUACUUAUGUCUCUUUAAGUAUUCAUCAGUCAUACUUUCCAUGAGUUCAUCGUUGAUAAACCUUGUAGUAAUAGCAGUUGAUCGCUACAUUGCAAUUUUACACCCGUUGAAAUACCAAAUACUAAUGACUAAACAGAGAGCAAAAAAAAUUAUAAUAUGUGUUUGGAUUUACCAUGGUAUUAUUGGCUCUCUGCCAAGCUUUGGCUGGAACAAUUAUGAUAAAUAUAACGGCACCGUGUGUGACUUUUUUGUCGUUCUACCCCAAGCUUACUCGCUGUUCACAGCACCUACAACAAUUCUAGUAGGCUUACUGAUUUCACUAUACUUAUAUUGCCAUAUUUACAAAGUGGCUCGAGAACACAAUAAAAAGAUGGUAGAAAGGAAAGGGACACAACUGAAUCGUCAAUUCUCAAAAGACACAAAAUCGGCGAAAGCAAUGGUCAUCAUUCUGUUUUUCUUCUUCAUAUUUUGGGUGCCUUUCAUGCUAGCGGGACCAUUGAAAUAUGUGAAGAUUGCCAAAAAUCUGUUCAACAUAAUAAAAAACUUUGCACUGAGCCUGGCCAUGUGCAAUUCUGCUAUUAAUCCAUUCAUGUACUGUUGGUUAAGAAAAGAUUUCAAGUGUGCUUUUCAGGACCUGAUAAAAAAUUACAUAUGUUCAAAAAUACCCAAACCCGACUGGUCAAGCAGUACAAAUAACAGUGAAGAUGAAGGAAAACAUACAGAACAAAAUUUGCAUAUUUCAACAAUUGAUUUAAAAAUACAACAAAAUAACACAGUAGAUUCUUGUUUUACUGUAAAUGGAAAUUAAAAUUUUAAAAUGCUGAGAAUAACACACAAAAGCAACAUCUGUAUUGUAUCGUCAUCACUUGAAUUGUAAGUAUUUUUUGAAGAAUGAUUUUUUUACUUUGUAAUAAAGCUAGAGAAUCCAUACAUUUUAGAGGUCUUACAUAUUCUAGAUCUUGAAGUGAUCAAAUAUACCAAUUUACAAUAAGCACCUUGGUCAUUUAUUCUCUCUCAAAAAAAUAUGAAAUUGAUUAACAGGUGUCACAUCUUAUCCAGUCCUAAAGAACAUUUGUUAAUUAACUUGAAGUGGAAACAAAUGAAGAAAAAGUACAAUCUAUAAUCAUUGAACUUUUAAUGAUAUUUUUAAAAUUUGGUGUAAAAUGAUCACAUGUUUUACAUCUUGAUUAUUAAUACCUGUAAGAUCAUAACAGAACAGUCCUAUGAUGUACAUUACAAUUCAUUAUUGUUUUAAAUAUAGUCCAGAUUGUCCAUUAAUUGACUCAGUAUAUAUAUUUAUCCUCUUAUUGUGGUUAUCAUCAUUUAUUAUAGUUCUUAUCAUCAAUAACAUCAUAAUUUCAGUUUUUAAUACUGUAAAUUCAGAAAUUAUUGCGUGCAUUUAUUAUUGCGAUUUUGUCAUUUUAGACUAAAAUGGGAUUUUAAUUUUUGCGAUAUUCAGAAAAAUCCUGUUUGAUUCAUAUAAAAAAUUUCAAAAUGCGAGUUUUAAUUAUUGCGAUGAUAACCCUGUCGCAUUUUUUGCAAUAAUAAAAACAUCGCAAUAAUUUCUGAAUUUAC